AUGGACAACGACUCGGGAAUACACAAAAUUACACUGGCUGUCUGGGAGUCGGAGCGGUCUGCGAGAGUCCCCGCGGUGCGGAGCCGAGCUGCAGCGAGCCAGAGGGACCGGCGGAAGCGAGCGACAGUGAGAAGCCGGAUCCAGAGGCAGAGGCGGAUCGGGAUCCGUGGCGGUGGUGCGGCGGCGGUGAUGUGUGCGGCGGGGAGGCGAUGGGGCCGGCAGGCGUGGGCCCUGCUGUGCUGUGUUCUGCUGUCGGCAUUGGAAGCGGCGUGGGGACAGCUGCGGUACUCGGUGCCCGAGGAGAUGCCCAAGGGCUCUUUCGUGGGCGAUGUGGCCAAAGACCUAGGGAUGCAGAUGACGACCUUGAGUGAAAGCAGCGCCCGCAUCUUGGAGAAAGGUAGGACGCAGUAUUUCUCUCUGCAUGGGAAGACGGGACAUUUGGUGACAGCGGAGAGGAUAGACAGAGAGCAGCUGUGCGAGAAUAAGCAGCAAUGCGUGCUGCGCUGUGAGCUGAUAGUGGAAGGAGAAAUGAAAGUGUACGGAGUGGAAGUGGAAAUCAUAGACAUUAACGACAAUGCACCCAGCUUCAAGGAUGUUGAACUGGAGGAGAGAAUAAGCGAGAUGACAGCCACGGGGUCGCGGUUUUCCUUGGACGAGGCUCACGAUCCGGACUCCGGAUCAAAUUCUGUCCUGAGCUACGAGCUGAGCGGUGAUGAGCAUUUCUCACUGGCUGUUCAGGCAGGACCCGGUGGCGAUUUGCGUCCCGAACUGGUGCUGGCCAAAGCGCUGGACCGCGAAGAGGCUGCCUUUUACGAAUUAGUGCUGAAGGCAAAGGACGGCGGAGAGCCUUCUCGGACGGGCACGGCACAGAUCCGCGUGAUUGUGCUGGACGCGAAUGACAACGCUCCCGUGUUCAGCCCGGCAAAGUACAUGGUGCGUGUGCCUGAGGACGUCCCCUUGGGCUCCGCCCUUGUCACAGUCACAGCAACUGAUGCCGACGAAGGCCUCUAUGGGGACGUAAAAUACUCUUUGAAGAAAAUCACAGAGAAAGCGUCUAAGAUCUUCGAGUUGGACUCUAAGACGGGAGAAAUCACACUGGUGCGGAGCCUGGACUUCGAGGAAGGCAAUACCUACGAACUAGAGGUGCAGGCACGGGACGGUGGCGGCCUUUCCAACAAAGCAAAAAUAGCAAUCACUGUGACAGACGUCAAUGACAACAUACCUGAACUGAUUGUCUCCUCGGCCCUGACUGAGAUCUCUGAGGACUCCCCUUCGGGGACAGUGGUGGCCCUGCUGCACGUGCAGGACCGGGACUCGGGAGCCAACGGCCAGGUGCGGUGCUCCCUGGACACGGGAGUCCCGUUCCGGCUGGAGAAGUCGUUUGAGGAUUAUUACCGCGUGGUGACGACGAAGGAGCUGGACCGGGAGGAGGUGUCGGAGUACAACGUCACAGUGAGGGCGGCCGACGGCGGGUCGCCGCCCCUGUGGAGCAGCACCGUGCUGACCCUGCGGGUGCUGGACGUGAACGACAACGCGCCGGUGUUCAGCGAGGCGAGCUACAGCGCCCGGCUGCCCGAGAACAACGCGGCGGGCGCGCUGGUGCUGACGGUGCGGGCGCGGGACGCGGACUGGGGUCAGAACGCGCGCGUGCGGUACCGUCUGGGCGAGGGGCGGGUGCGUGGCGUGGCGCUGUCGUCGUACGUGUCGGUGCAGGCGGAGACGGGCGCGCUGUACGCGCUGCGCUCCUUCGACUACGAGGAGGUGCGCGAGGUGGGGCUGUGGGUGCUGGCGGAGGACGGCGGCUCGCCGGCGCUGAGCAGCAACGUGUCGGUGCGGAUCGUGAUCGUGGACGAGAACGACAACGCCCCGCACGUGCUGUACCCGCCGGCGGCGGGCGUGUCCGGGUCCGGUGUCCGUGGCUGGUCGGGGGUGGAGCUGGCGCCGCGGUCGUCGGAGCCCGGGGCGCUGGUGGCCAAGGUGGUGGCGGUGGACGCGGACGCGGGGCAGAACGCGUGGCUGUCGUACGAGCUGGCCAAGGCGACGGAGCCGGGGCUGUUCCGCGUCGGGCUGCACAGCGGCGAGGUGCGCACUGCGCGCUUCCCGCUGGCCCGCGACGCUGCCCGGCAGAGCCUGGUGGUGCUGGUGAAGGACCACGGCCGGCCGGCGCUGUCGGCCACGGCCACGCUGACCGUGGUGCUGGCCGAGAGCGUGGCCGAGCUGCUGGCCGAGCUGGGCAGUGAGGCUGCGGCGGCGGUGCCGGGCGAGGCGGCGGGCAGCCUGACGCGCUGGCUGGUGCUGGCCGUGGCGGCCGUCUCCUGCCUCUUCCUCGCCUUUUUGCUGCUGCUGAUAGCGCUGCGCCUGCGGCGCUGGCGGCGCUCGCAGCUGUCUCCUCCUGCGGGCGGUGCCUUGCGCGGCGUCCCGGCCACGCACUUCGUGGGCAUUGACGGCGUGCGCGCUUUCCUGCGCUCCUACUCUCACGAGGUUUCGCUCACCGCCGACUCACGCAAGAGCCAGCUCCGCUUGUCGCCCGGCAGCUGUUGCGACACCCUCCCUGCCCGCCCUCUGCCCGACGAGCCCGCACCGCUGCUGGGGGAGGACCCUGUUGGCGCCCGCCCACACGACCCUAACGCCGCCCCGCUCUAA